UUGCAUAUGGAAUAUUCCCGACACCUUGGAUAACAAACAGUACUCGCAAAAUAGAAUUGUGAUUUCAGGGAAGUCCAGAUUAAUGGAGAGAAAAAACACAGCCUGGAAUCUAGACUUCUGUAUAACAGAUAACUCCAACUUUUCUAAAACAGGCAUAUUCCAUGGACAGAUGAUGAAUGGUACAUGCAUUAUUUUCAUUUGCAACAGAAAUCCUAAGCUGGAGUGGUACUGUUAUUUGCUGGUUCUGGUUUGCCUUUUCACUUUAUUAACAGGAUUUCUAGGCAAUAUACUUGCACUACGACAUUAUGUUUACUGCAUGAAGACAUGGACAACCAAUACCAUAUUUCUCUUUAAUUUGGCACUGUGUGACUUUACUUGGACUCUUAUGGUACCUUUUUCAGUAUAUUAUAAUAUCCAGAAGUUUGCCGUCUAUUUCAGUCAAGCAUUUUAUCAGAUCACAAGGCUAUUUUUUAGUAUUAAUAUCUAUGGAAGUGUGUAUUUCCUGACACUCAUCAGUUUUGACAGAUACAUAGGUGCUGUUCAUCCCAUCAGUUCAUUAACGUGGUGGGACAAAGAAAAGGCUGUGUUUUGCACCAUCGGGGUAUGGAUCUUCAUAGUGUUUGCAUCACUGCCUGAGAUUUACUGCACAGUUGCAGCCAGAAGACAGCAUGACAUCAUAAAUUAUCUGGACAACACUGAAGAACCAUUACAAUUUGCCAUGCCAUUCACAUUCUCCAAAAUUGUAUUGAGAUUCCUAAUUCCAGCCACAGUCAUCUUUACAUGCUAUGUGCUGACUCUCAAAGCACUGCUACAACUCAGUAAACGUCAGCAGAGAAGGAACAGACUUGUUAGGCCUCUGCUACUGAUUUCAGCUGCUAUGAUUGUCUUUGCUGUUUCUUUCACACCUUACCAUGUUAUGAUGAUGGUGAUACUAAUUUACAGAAUUAAUUGUCAACCACCCUGUGGGAAUAUAAGCACAUUAAGUGCCAUUUACAAAGUCACAGAGAUCAUCUGCAGCAUCAACAGUUGCCUUGACCCAAUCAUUUUUACAAUAGCAAAUAAGACAUUCUAUCAAAGAAUUAAAAGUAUAAAAUGUCAUCCCAAAUGUCAGUACUGCUGUUGUCUGACAGGAAGGGUAAGGGACAUCACUCUCUCUGUGAGAACAAUGACUUAAACACCAGUCUACAAAAACUUGCAUCUCCAGCUGCUUGUUUCGCUCUGGGUCAUCAGACCCAUUUCAUAUUUGGUCUCCCAUAUUAUACAGAUAUCUCUCGAAUAAGCAGGAAUACACAGAAGUGCAGAGUAAAACUUAAUCUGACAAGAAACACUAGUGGCUCCUAGCUUUACAGAAUUGGCAUUUUAAAUA